GGAAAAGACAGGCGGCGACGACCUCGACGAUGAUUUCGUCCCUGACGACCUUGUGGCCCUUUCGGAACCCGAAGGCGAGGGAGCGGCGCACUCCGCAGAUGGCGAAGACGUCGGUGCUCUCUUGAGUGCUGACGAAGAAAAAGCAGCCCCAUCGACCAGCCAGACUACUCUCGAUAAAAAGAGGAAACGUAGAGCAAAGGAAAAGGAACGCAAAGCAAAGAAAAAGAAACUGAAAAAGAAACUCGACGAGGAGGAUAACGACGUUCCACCACCCUCUGUAGCCUCCCAACCCCCAGCGAUGCUUUCAGACUAUCUCUCGUCUAUGCAGGCAAAAGUCUUCUCAAAAAUGUCCGUUAUCGAGCUCGCAGAUAUCCAAAUUCCUAACAGAGACUUCAAUAGCGGAUACGACCCUAUGGUCGGGAUCGAGGAACUUGGACCAGCUGACGGACUUCAUAACCAAAGUGCUUCCGACAUUGCGUACCCGGUUGGCACAAAGGCCUAAGAACAACGGGGCACCUACCCUCAUUUUCAUUGCUGGAGCUGCCCUUCGCGUGGCGGAUGUGACGCGCAUACUGAAGGACAAGAAGCUGCGCGGGGAGAAGGGUGGUGAUGUUGCGAAGCUCUUCGCGAAACAUAUCAAGCUCGAGGAGCAUAUCACAUACCUAAAGAGGACGAAGCUCAGUGCUGCUGCAGGCACGCCCGGUCGACUGGGGAAGCUGCUUGAAUCAGGCGCACUGCAAACCUCCGCGCUGACACAUAUUAUUCUCGAUGUAUCGCACCAGGAUGCCAAGAACCGAAAUGUUCUGGAUAUACCAGAGACACGAGACGAGGUCUUUAGGGGUGUCAUCGGGCCGCCGAAGGUAUUGCAAGGAAUCAAGCAAGGAAACAUCCAGCUGGUGUUGCUCUGAACGGUGCAGAUGGUGUUGACGGCGAUAUUAUAUUCCUUUUCGAAGAGCCCCAAGACUAGCCUACGCGCCGUGUUAAGCGAACGGGAGGGAACACGUUCAGAAACCUUUGGGGUUUGUCCGAAGUGUCAAUCGUGUCCACUUCGGAACCUUAUGUAUACCUUUGCGGUAUCCGCGUUCGUACGGCGAGUAUGUCGUGUACUUGUCCUUCGCCGGCAUCUCGUGCUCCUUUGGGAGCUCUAUGGCUCUCGUCAAUGCCUCGCAUUGAACUCCACUGGUCCGGACAGCCUCUAUGACAGCAUCUACUUUCUUCAGCCUCGCACGAGCAUUAGCUUUACGAGUCGGUGACAGCUUCCACGGAGUCUUCCAUACGAGACCACCCCAGGUCGCUGCCGUCGGUCGGAAAGCACCAAACAUCCUCACUCGCCUGUGUGGUCGCGGUGAGAAGCGAGAAAUGGUGAUCCAAAUGGAGAAAUUGUACCGAAGGAAGAGGUUGAUUUGGGACUGGAACCCCUGGUACCGGAGUUCAUUCUUGAUGUCGCGAGCAUUAAUCCAUUGGACCUCGAUAUCAUGAAGCUCACCGCGCUCUUCACCGCACGGCGCGGUAGGAAUUUCCUCGCGACCCUCUCUCAGCGAGAAGGGCGCAAUUACCAGUUUGACUUCCUUCGGCCGACGCAUUCCCUUUUCGGUUGUUUCAACCGCCUUGUGGAUCAGUAUUCCAGAGUUCUGCAUCCACAAAAGGAGAUGAUGGAGCAGCUGAAAGAGCGUACUAAGGAAGGUGCACGCUGGAAAGACCUCGAGAUCGCUCGGAAACGUGCUCGUUGGGAGCAAGUAAAGCGCGAGAGGCAGAAGAAGAGGGAAGACGACAAAGAAGCCGAACGAAUCGCCUUUGCUGAGAUUGAUUGGCAUGACUAUGCUGUUGUGCAGACAAUCGAGUUUACUGUUGCUGACGCGGCAUCCGAGUUGCCGCCACCUAUGAGCGUGCAGGAAGUGGAAAACAUGACUCUAGCGCAGAAGCGCAUGGCUGCUAUGAUCAUGGAGACUACCGCGGAAGAAAUCGAGGCACAGCGUGCUCGUCAGGCGGAGGCAGAGGCGGCGGCGGCAGCAGCCGUCGGUGGUGCUGGACUUGCUGCAAAUGGUGGCGAAGAUGAAGAGAUGAUGGAGGAGAGUGAUGACGAGGACAAGGAGGUGCAGGAGAGGAAGAAACGCGAAGAGGAAGAACGCCAGAGGGAGCUGGAGCGCGCUCGUGCUAUACAAGCAAGCGCAGAGGCUGGUGGUCCCAUGAAGAUUAGGACGGACUAUGUGCCCAAGCUGGGUAAACGUGGCAACGAGAAGAUGACCACUUGUACGAUUUGCGGACAACAAGUUGCCGUCGACGAACUGCAAGAGCACAUGCGUAUCGAGUUGCUCGAUCCUCGCUGGAAGUCCCAGCGUGAUGUUCUCGAGGCCCGCAAGGCGCAGGCAUCAGAGCUUCAGCGCGGUGCCAAUGUCGUCUCUUCACUCAAGAACCUCGCACGUACGCGUGUUGACAUCUUCGGUGCAGAGGAAGACGAAGCGCGCCGGAAGCAGGAAGAAGAGGAGGAGCGGCUCAAGCGGAGGGAGAGGGAAAAGGUUAUUUGGGAUGGUCACACCGCAACGAAAGCGACAACAAUGGACAAGUUCUCGACCAACGUCAACUUCGACGAGCAGAUUGCUGCUAUCCACAGAGCCAAGGGUCUCGGACCACAAGAUGCGAAUGCGAUCGGUCCGGGUAUCGGGACGGCACCCGCACCUGCACCUCUUACCUCUCUACCACCAGCGCCUUCGUCCUUGCCAGCUACACCAGCUUCCGGAGGCGCCGCAUUCAACGCCGCUACCGUGUCUUCUGGGCCUCAGCCGGCAUCUCUGUAUCCGCAGCCGUCACCGGUCAUGCUUCCCCCUUUGCACUACCAGGGUAUGGACGCUGCACAGCCAUUCGGCUACCAGCCACCACCCGUCGGUGCGCCUAUGAUGCCCGGCAGACCUCCUAUGGGUAUGCCAAUGCAAACCGGUAUGGUGCGUAACGCUGAUCAGAUGGAGGGCGCGGGAGAAGAAGCUCCACCAACGAAGAGACAGAAGAUUGCCAAGCUGCCUGGUGGUACAUACUACCCUGAGGCUGAUUGGAUCAAUAUGCAUCCUCAUCCCGUCGACCUGAUGAUCCAGCUUCCAAAUGAUCCUUUGAAGCCAGAGUGGAAGCUUGACGGGACCGCGGUCACACUCAAAGAUCUCCCUCUCAACCUGCUCGUGUCAAGUUUACGAGACCGCAUACUGCAGCAGACAGGCAGCACGAUUCCAGCGUCCAAGAUCCGGGUGUCGUACGCGGGCAAGAUGCUCACUAACGCGAACACGAUUGCGAGCUACAACCUCGAGCACGAGGACACGCUCGUCCUCAGCGUGCGCGACCCCAAAAAGAAGUAGUAUAUUGGGCGCUUUACUGUCUCGCGUGUAUAAUGAUGUUCGAGUGUUAUGCUUCUUCAUCUUGCUGAUUUUCCCAGAUCUGUUGCUAGAUAGUCGGUCAUCACGCGAGUUGUUUGACAGCUGAGAGAAAGAGAAGAAUGCAUUCCGAAAGAUUUACGGACAACGAAACUGUGAAGCGCGAUUACGAUAUUGAGCGUCCAGGAGAGAAACGUUGUCUAAGAAGUACAAACGUAUACGACAGAAACAGAUCUUAGAACUACAUCCUACACUGUACAGAUCCAUCCGAAAUAAACUUGCUGAAUGGUCUGUAUAGAACAAGACCAGGGCCCACCAAGAAGUGAGAGAAAGUAACGUGAGUGAACGAUGCGAUGAUUAGAGGAUGCGGCGGCAGACAAGGGCGAAAGCGAGCACGAGCAACACACAGAUUGCGGUGUCGAGCAGAAUCGGCGGGCGUGGCGUGUUGCGGCGCGUCAGCAUGGGUAUAUAAUCCGACAGUGGCGUCUGGGGGCGGGAGCCCUCGGCAGGCGUCACUGCUGCAGGAGGCGCCAGCGAGGAAGCGGCUGGCCGUCUUUCACGCAGCUCGUCCGCAGGGACUCGGGGCGCCGCCGGUGGCAAGGGGGUCGAUGGCUGGAUUGGGCUGGCGGGUAUGAUGAUGGACUUGGCGUCGAUGGGCCGCACUGGUUUCGGAGCAAUCAGUGGAGGGGAGCUCACAACAGCGACAGGCUCCGGCAGAGGCGCGGGGUCGGUGAGCGUCGUUGCUGUUGCGGCGUCCAGGACAUUCAAUGUGCGCUCAGCGGUGAGGCCAGGCGAUGCCGGCCGUUCGGGUAUACAUUCGGAAGCGGGUAUAUUAUCGGACUUAUUUGACGUGAAGGCGGAAGGUGAUGUGGAAGGUUGAGUUUCGUCCGCCGGAGAAUCUGGGAGACCUUCAAGAUUCGAUUUUUGACACGUUGGGCAGUUCCAUUCUCGAGACAAUGCAGCAAGCCGCUUGCGCUCUGCAGGUGGGUAUUCCAGAGCGCCAACACCGACGGCAGCGGUGCCUUUCAGCGGGAAGAAGCCUUGGAGCCCGACGAUGGCUGUGCGCACACCCCAUGCCGGCUGCCAGAGCUCCUCGUGGUAGUUCGUGAAACUUAUACAGAUCUUGGUAUUCAGCUCAAAGCGUCCAUUAGGGGUGAGCAUCAUGAUAGAUGGCGGGCGGAAGGGGUAUUCUGAAGGUAGUAAGAUCCGAAAGUGGUACAGCCCACCCUCGAACUCGGUGCCCGGUGUGCCUCUUAUAGUACAAUGCCAUUCAAAGAUAUCGUCCUCCAGAGGCCCCGCAGUAUAAUCUGUGCUUGGGUCGUUGGCAAGUUCACGAGCUUCCUGCAUAAUCCGCUUGACAGCGGAGCUGUUCAUGUUGUAUCCUGAGCGGUGGGCCAUGUUCGGCGAGAUGUAGAGGGAGCAGCUGUCAACUAGAGAAUGUGGUGGUUAGUGCUUGAGAUGAGAUGGGUAAC